CUAAGCCCAACAUUCAUUGGGCGACGCUAAACAACGCAAAUGUAGCAGAAAACGAAAAUUUCACAUUAAACUUGCGCCAAAAUAUUAAGACAAACACUAAACGUAUAACAAAUUAAGGAAAACAGCUGCAGCACUGCAUGUGCACUGUGCAAUAGUAAAAAUAGCAAUCGAGCGGUUAAAAGAAAGUCAAUACGAACACGCAACGCGGCAAAAAGGUAACCGUCCCCCACCCCUUUUGAGGGGGGAAAGGCAAACGUAAAGGAAAAGCAAAGCUAUAACGUAAAAAAGGAGGCAAGGCAAGAGUUAAAGAGUAGCUCCGAGUCUCGUUACAAACAAUAACAAUUGCGAGCUGAAAAUGUGCAACAACAACAACAAGUGCUAAACUAAGUGGGGUAACAGCAAAACAAAACAAAACAAAAACAAUUGAAAAAUGCAGCAAGUGGACGAUCCGCCAUCGCUGCCCGUGGGCACCGAGGUGAGCGCCAAAUACAAGGGCGCCUUCUGCGAGGCCAAAGUCAGCAAAGUGGUGCGCAACAUUAAAGUGAAGGUUGCCUACAAGCAAGGUCUCGGCUCUGGGAUUGUGUCGGACGAUGCCAUCAAAGCGGCACCCGGACAACUGCGUGUCGGCACGGUCAUCGAGGUGCGGCACCCGGAUCGCAAGGAAUACGUCGAGGCGACGAUUACAAAGAUACAGGAUUGCUCCCAAUACACGGUUGUGUUUGACGAUGGCGACAUUACAACAUUGCGUCGCACAGCGUUGUGCCUGAAGAGUGGCCGGCAUUUCAAUGAGAGCGAAACACUCGAUCAAUUGCCGCUCACACAUCCCGAACACUUUGGCAAUCCGGUGGUGGGCGGCCGACGCGGACGUAGGCGCGGCCAAUUGAACGAUGGCAGCUCCGAUGAUGAUGACGAAAGCGAUGCCAAGGAGGUGGUCAACGAGAAGGAGGAGAACAUUGGCAAAGUGGUGUGCGUGGAGACCGAAUCGAAGAAGAAGGACAAAGAGAAAUGGUUCCCGGCGCUUGUGGUUGCGCCCACAGCGCAGGUGAGCAAACAAGCAACGGUGCGCAUACGCGUCAAGGACGAGUAUCUGGUGCGUUCGUUCAAGGAUGGACGCUACUACACGGUGCCCAAGAAGGAGGCCAACGAGUUCACACGCGAAAUGUCCACCAAACAAGAUGGUCCGGCCAUACAGGCAGCCCUUGAGUUUCUCGAUAGCAGCGUACUGCCAGCGCAUUGGGAUCGUGAUUCGCUGUUUGGGUUGAGCAAUUUGACCAGCGAUGAUGAUGGCGAAAUCGAUUCCGAUUCAUCCGAUGAUGAGCCGCACGAGGAGAAGGAUUUGUUUGUCGCUCAGCUGUACAAAUACAUGGAUGAUCGUGGCACACCGCUGAACAAGGUGCCAUCAAUACAGAGUCGCGAUGUGGAUCUAUAUCGUCUCUUUCGGGCGGUGCAGAAACGCGGUGGCUACAAUCGUGUGACCGCCAAGAAUCAAUGGAAGCUGAUUGCGGUGCGUUUGGGUUUCACGCCCUGCACACUGAGCGUCAUGAAUCUGGUGAAGCAGGCGUACAAGAAAUUCCUGCAACCCUACGGUGAUUUCCAUCGCAAACUCGGCUGCUCCAUGCUGAUGCCGUCGCGCAACUCGAAUCGCAGCAAAGGACGCAGCCUGGUGCGUGCCAAUUCGGUGGCAUCGCCCAAACCCGCGGAUACCUCGAAAAUGGAAUCGAUUAGCAAACUGGCGGUGGCCAAUCAAACAGCUGCCGCUUUGGCCAGCAGCAGUUCAUCAACAUCAAGUGCAGCAGCUGCCGCGGCCGCAUCGACUUCAGCUGCCGCCUCGACGCCAGCGCGUGCAGCUUCAACGGCAUCGCAGUCGGCGGCCGAGGAGUCGGAGAACACCAGCGAAUCGAGUGUGGUUGUCGAGCCGGUGAAGAAGCAACGCAAAGCAUCCGCAGCCAGCAGUGGCAAAGUGAAGAGUCUUGUCGAGAAGUAUGAGGAGAAGACCACCGAGAAAUCAUCAGCAGCAGCAGCAGCAGCGAGCACAUCAUCAGCAGCUGCCGCAGCAGCAUCAGCAGCCACCUCAUCCUCCUCCGCCUCCGCCUCGAAUGCCAACAGCAGCAGCAGCAGCGCAUCAGCUUCGACUGCCUCAACAGCUGCCGCAGCAGCCGCAAACACUGCAGCAGCAAGCGCCACAACAGCAGCAGCAGCUGCGGCCGCUGCUGCAGCCUCGGCAAGCAGCAAGGAUGCCGAGGCCGAUGUGCCAUUGUCCAAGAUCAGAGCAGCUGCCGUCACACGCAACAGCAUCGAUAAGGAACCCAAUGCCGGGGGCAGUAAUGCAGCCAGCAAGGCUGCAGCAGAGGCGCAACGAAGUCGCGAUGUUUCGCCAACAACGGCGUCUGCAGCAGCAACAACAACGUCGUCCGCAGCGGCGGCAGCGACUGCAGCAGCGACAGCAACAACAACAGCAGCGACAGCAACAACAACAUCAAGCACAACAACAACGACAGCAACAACAACAGGAGCAGCAACAGUAUCAACAACAGCUGCAGCGUCGUCAGCAACAGGCGGAUCCAGUGCAACAACAACAUCCACAACAACAGCAGCAACAGCUGCAGCAACAACAACAACAGCAGCAGCAACAACUACUUCAGCAGGGGGAACAGCAGCAGCAGCGACAGCAGCAGCAGGUGUAUCGACAUCGUCGUCGUCGGCAUCGUCAUCGACGUCGAAGAAGGAGAAACAUCAGCAGCGCAAGCAGGUGGACAAAGGCGACGAGAAACGCGGCAAGCGCAAAAAGGACGAGACAAGUGUUGAGAAAAUUGACACGGGCGACUUUAUAGUGGGCAUCGGUGACAAGUUGAAGGUCAAUUACCACGAGAAGAAGUCACCGAGCUCCCAUGGCAGCACGUACGAGGCAAAGGUCAUCGAGAUUAGCGUGCAGCGCGGCGUGCCCAUGUAUCUGGUGCACUACACCGGCUGGAACAAUCGCUACGACGAAUGGGUGCCCCGCGAACGCAUCGCCGAGAAUCUGACCAAGGGAUCCAAGCAGAAGACGCGCACCAUCAGCACGAGCAGCGCGAACAGCGGCAGCGGCGGCAACAGCGCCCAAGCAGCUGGCUCCUCCUCAUCGGCCGCUGCCGGUGGAAGCGGCGGCGGUGGUGGUGGCAGUGGCAGCAAUGGCAACGGUGGCAAUGGCAAUGCGGCCACAGCGGGCAGCGGAUUGCAGCCCAAGGAUGGUCCAGGCAAGUCUGCUGGAGGUGCAGCAACAGUCGGUGGACCAUCCGAACAACAACAACAGCAGCAGCAGCCACCUGGUGGCGGCUCGCUGCAGAGUCUAGGCAAGACACCGGCAUCGACGCCAGCCACGCCCACGCUGACGAGCAGCAAACGGGGACGCGGACGCAGCGAUUCAAUGCCGCCGCGCUCAACGACACCCUCAUCGGUUGCCUCCAAUUCAAGUCGCACCAAAUCGCCAGCAGCAGCCGCAUCGCAGUCGCAGCUCAAGCAGAAACGUGCCACUCGCACAUUGCCGCAUGCCACAAGCAGCAGCGGCAGCAAUCAGCAUCAGCCGCGACGCAUCUCAGCCUCGGCUUCGGUCUCAGCGAAUGUGUCGGAUGCAUCGAUGCCCAGCGACACGGACACCGAUUCCGAUGAGCCAGUGCGUCGCCCGAAGCGUCUCAAUGCCAAGGAGCAACAACAACUGCAGCAACAGCAGAGCUUUGCCAGCAAGUCGGCGAAGGCAACAGCCGCAAUGGCCAAGAAGGUUGCAUCGGCGCGUUUGGCCCACAACAGCGGCAGCGAUGACAGCGAGGAUGAGGAAGACGAAAUGCCGCCAAGUAAGCAGCAGGCGCAGUCCACGGCACAGCAACCCUCAACGCCCGUGCAGCGACAACGCGCCGGCAAUCGUGCGCUGAGCAGUGGCAGCGCAGCAACCACAACAGCGGCAGCAGCAGCAGCAACCACAGCUGCCGCAUCAACUGCUGCUGCAGCGAGCAAAGGACGCGACUAUGAUCUCAGCGAGAUACGCUCGGAGCUGAAAGGUUUUCAGCCACAACUCUUGGAUCGCAAGGAUGCUGCGAACAUCAAGAGCGAACCAGGCGAGGCAAACACAACAGCAACAUCAGCGACAGCAACGGUUGCUGCUGGCAAACAAGAGCCCAAGACGGGCAGCUCCACAGAGCAGUCGUCAGAAACAGAUUCGUACCUCGACGAGGAUUCGCAAUCAUCCGAGAAAGUUGACUAUCGCAUCAAGUCAAAGUCGAGUCUGGAGAAGACCAAACUGGAGCCAAGCGAGACAAUCAUCAAGAAGGAGCAAGCCGAACAGCUGCCAAUCAAGCAUGAGACAUCAGCGGGCGACAGCAAACCGAGCGCCUUCAAAGCGGAGCCCAAGGAGGAGCCACAAUCGAAACCCUUCCACAGUGGUGCGGACAUCAAGCCAACGACAGCGUCGACCAGCAGCUCGCUGCUGAUUGCUCCCGCACGCUUCACGGCCAGCGGCAGCAAGUGCACCUCGGUGAUUGUGGAGAAGCCGCUGCGCAAAACCGAAGCAGCUGGCGGAGGAGCAACAACAACAUCAACAGCAGCAGCAGCAGCGGGAGCAACAGGCAGCUCGAUAUCGAUCUUCAAAAAGAUGGAGCUGCUGAAGAAGGGCAGCCCGGUGGCAGCGCAAUUGGAAUCACCCGCCGUGUGCUCACCCUCCAGCUCCAGUUCAUCGUCGAGCUCCUUCUGCUCGAGCAGCAACAGCUCGGCGAUCACGACAGUCAGUGUGAGCAGCUCCUCAGCUACGCGAUCGUUGCCUGACAUGAGCAAACUGGAGAUUAGCAGCGGUAUCACAGCCACAACAUCAGCUGUGGCGGGCAAGGAGUCCAAAUACAGCAGCGGCAACAGUGGAGCGAACAGCAGCAGCAGCAGCAACAUCAACGUCGGCAGCAGCAACAUUGCCAGCGGCAUCAAAUUGCUGUCGUCGGAUGUGUACGAGUUCAAGGACACGGAACCCUUUGAGUUCGAGAAACGCAUCUCGCCCAUGACAUCGAUGGUUGUCGGUGGUGGCAGCAGCGGUGGCGUCGCUGCCUCAGUGAUUGCCGGCGCAACGCCAACAAGCAGCGGCAGCAGCAAUGUCGCCGGAAACUUUGAUACGCAACGCAAGCACAACUUGAAGCUGAGUGCAAUGAUGCAGAGCAUGGCUGAUGUGACGACAACAACACCCACAACGGGUUCAGCAGCAUCAGCAGCAGCCACAACAGCGACAGCAACAACUGCAACAUCAACUGUGGCUGUUGCUGCUGCUGCUGCCUCUGGUUUUGUGGCAACGCCGUGCAAGCUGAAGAAACGCGGUUCGCCGCUUAAGGAAGCCACGUUGACGGCACCCGACAACAAGCCAAAGAUGCCCAAGCUCGAACAGCAACAACAGCAGCAACCAGCAACGGCAACCACAAGUGGCAGCAGCGUGAAAGCAACGCCUGCAAAGGUGCCACCAACAACAGCGACAGCAGCAACAGUUGGUGUCACACAACUGACACCCGGACAUGCGACACCCUUCGAUGUGCUGCGUAAAUCGCCGAGCUUCAAUCUGAAUAUCACCGCACUCAACGAGGAGUUGGCACAAACUGUGCAGGAGACAACGCGCGUUCUCACCGAUGCACUGCAACCACCGACGACGCCAGCAACACCGCCAGCGAAUGCUGCCACAGUAGGAGCAACAAUUGUUGCUACACCAACAGCUGGUGUGGUUGCUGUCUCACCCAAGUUAAGCACACCACCGCAAGCAAUGGGCGUGGCCAAGACAACGCAACAGCAGCAACAGCAAUCGAUUGUUGGCAGUCCCUUCAUGGAGACACGCAACGUGUUUGAGCUGAGCACCUCGAACGAGGGCAGCGGCUACAGUUCCGGUGAAUCGAACAAGGACAACAAACUGGAGAAACUGGAGAAUGUGAAAAUCUUGCUCGCCGGCAAACCGGGUCCCUUCGAUCUCGAUGCAGUGAAGUAUGAGCAGAAACCAAGUUCGAUAGCGGAUAAGGUGCUCAAGGCCAUUAGCCAGAAGAAGGAAGAGGUUGAGCAGAGUAAGAGCAAGAGUCAAGCGGACACCAGCAGCAGCAGCAGCAACGCAGCAGAGAAAGAAACAGAGCCAGCAACACAACAACAGCAGCAGCAGCAACCGCAACCAUCGCCACAAACAUUGCCGCAAGCCGCCAACUUGAAGCAACUUGAACUGAGCAGCCUGCUGAAUCUGCAACUGAUUAGCGAACCCCUCAAGAUCCUGACGCCAGGUGUGUUGAGUGAUCUCAAUCAUCGCACCAGCAGCAGCAACAGCCCCGAGACCAAGUCCAUAUUGGACGCCUCGCUGACGGCGAAGAACAGCGAACUCACCGAGACCAUCCAGAAGCUCGAGUGCGCCAUACAGCAGCGAAAAACACCCGUCGCCGGUCAAUCGUUGGCCUCCUCAACAGCGGGCACUCCCCCUGUGACGGCGACAGCGCCGCAAAGUUUCUCCGACGAGUCGAUGGACAGCACCGAUUCGGAGCAGCGGCUGGUGAUCGAGGAUGUGAUGGUCGAGGAGCCAAGCAUUAUCAGUGACCUGAAGAGUCCCAUGUCCACCGCCUCCGACAGUCUGUCGGGCAGUGCGCCCGUCAAACUCGAGGCCACCGGCAGCAGCAAACAGCAGUUGAGCGGCGUUGCAGCGCCGAUUGCACUCAAGCCAAUGCCGCGUCUGCUUUCGCGGACGCCAACAGCGGGAGGAGCAGCAGCAGUAGCAGCAGCAGCAGCUGCAACACCGCCUGGCACAAUCUCACCGAUCAUGCCCAUCUAUGUGCCCAUUGUGCUCCCCGAAAUACCCGCCUCCGUGGUCGUUGCCCUGCGUCACAGUCCAAGCGCUGCCGGCGGCAGCAGCAGCGGAAUUAGUAGCCCAGCAUCGCCUAAGACGGAGCCAACGAAAGUGCCGCCAUCACCUUUGGCUGUUGCUGAUGUGGAUGCGACGGCAGCCAGCAGCACAGCGCAGCAGCAACUGUUGCUGAAACCUUGCCCCGCACAGCUCAGUCCCAUGCAACAAAUGGAUGCGAGUGUUGUGACAGCUGGCGCAGAGCUGGCUAAAGGCAACUCGCUCUUCUCAACAACAACAACAUCGUCGUCAGCGGCAGUUGCCUCGUCACCGUUGCCCCGUCCAUUUGUCCUCCAACCCGUGAAGGAGAAGGACAUGCCCAUGCAUGUUUCUCCCGCUGCCAGCAGUCCGUUGAUCAGCGAUCCCAGCCACAAUGAGGCGGCCAUCAAUCUGCUGUGCGAGGAGACAAUUCCCGGCAGCCCGGCGCCCAACUACAGCACCAAGGACGAACCGAUUGUUGCCUCCAGCAGCAGUAGCAAUGUUAUUGCCACCGCUAUACCAACAACACCAGCUGCUGCCGUUGCUGUCAGUUCAGCCAGCUCAGUGCUCUCCAUAUCGGGCAUCACUCCAUUGACGCCGGAGCCAGCGCCGCGUUCACCACGCGCCACGCAUGUGCAGCCAACGAUUUCGGCUGCUGUUGCAACCGCUGCUCCGGCAGCAACCACUGCAGCAGCAACAGCAACAGGCGCAGCAACAGCAGCCGCAAGUGCGCCGUCGCCGUCGCGCAGUUCACCAGAAUCGCCAGCGAGUCAGGAUGACAGCAGCGAGGAGACCGGCAGCAGCAGCAUGUUAAGCGCAGCCAAGAAAUAUGCCGAGAGCGUAUUGGAGAGCAACACAUCGCUGGCUGGCCGACGCAAGCGACCGCGCACCAAGGCGUCCGAUGCGAAUGCGUCGAAUGCAACAGCCACCGCCUCCUCCUCCUCCGCGGCUGCUGGACAGUUGAGCAGCUCCGAGAUGCAGAAGAGACGUCGACAGCAUUUGAGCAACAUGCGAAAAACAACAGCCACAACGGCUGGUUCGGAUACAGAUGAUAAUUCGGAUAACGUUGUGACGACACAACGACAGAGCGGACGUCAACAACUGUUGCCCCAAGCACAGCAGCAGCAACUGCAACAGCAGCAGCAACAACAACAGCAGCAGCAGCAACAGCACCAACAAUUGCAACAGCAACAACAACAACUGCAACAGCAGCAACAAGUUGUGGUGACUGCCUCCGGAGUUCGUCCCUGUCCCUACAACUUCCUCGUCGAGUUGGAUCCAUCGCUUAGCGCUGAGCAGUGCAUAUUGAUAUUGCGUAAGCAGAUUCAGGAUUUGCGCAAAGCUUACAAUUCAAUCAAGGGCGAGUUGGCGGUGAUCGAUCGACGGCGCAAGAAGUUGCGAAGACGCGAACGCGAAAAGAAGCAGCAUCAACAGCUGCAGGGCGGGCAACAGGGCAAAGUGUGCACCUGAGGGCAGCAUCAACAGCUGGAGGCGGAGGCGGAGGCAGAGGAGGACGAGCAGCAACAGGAGGCGCCAAGAUUUCGAUUACGUUUUCAAGUUCCCAAAACGCAAUAUCUACAUCAUAUAUAAUCAACAUGUACAUAAUAUCAAUAUGUACACGAUUCAAAUGAUAGCAGAUCGUUGUUAAUUUAGACAUUUAAGUCGUUUCUAUUCGAUAACCAUAUUUACCUUUUCUUUUUUUUUUUUUUUUUGUGUGUUUCUAAUGUGAGAAUAAGUGUAGGAUUUAGUGUGGCCUACGAAAUUGCAGUAAUAAAAAUACGAGUACACAAUUACCAGAAACACUUUAAUUGGAAUUACUUUUGCACAUAUGAUGGAGUGUAGAUUUUAUUAAGAGACAGAGUAACCGCCCUCGAGAUUGAUGUGAUGGCCAUUGACAAAGGUGGAUUUCUCGCUCAGCAGAUAGCCAAUGGCAUCGGU